AUGAAUGGCAUAAAACCUUCCAAGACCAAUCAUAAGCAUAAUCAUUAUUAUGGAAAACUUGCAAAUUUACGAUCUGUGCGAUUCCAUAAUUUGCAUUUAUCUGUUAGGGAUAGUAUGGAAAACAAUCAAAACAUCAUGCAAACCUAUACCGGACAAUCAGAACAACAACAGCAUAUACAACCACCCACAAGAAUUUUGAAUAGACGUCGAAGCACAAUAAACUCUAUAGGAAUGGUGAAUCCAUUACAAGAGAUUGAAGAUUCGAUAUCAUCACAAAAAUUGUUACAAUUAAACCAAUCAUCACUACUAACUACAUUUAUUUCUAUCCACUCAAACAUUCAUAAUAAACUCUUGUAUAUUAGUGAGAUUAUAUCUAAUGACAUGAAUCCCCAAUUUGAAAUUAAUUUACCAUAUGUACCACCAAACAUUCAUAAAUGUGUUAUCAAGCUUUGGUGUCGAAACCAUGGAGAUGGAGAUUGGAAACUAUUAUGUCUUUACAAAUUAAAUUUGCGGAAAGUGACCACGGUUGAAAGUAGUAGCCUAGAGAAUUUAGAUUUAUAUAAAUCGAAUACAUUGAGUUUACAAUUGAAUGAUGGAUGGUUUACUUUUCAAGAUAUGUUGAAUAGAAUAAUAAUAGAUGAUGACAAGAAACUGAAUGUGAAUAGUUUAUCUCAACCAAUUCCAUCGUAUACGUUUGAUUCGAUUCGAUGUUUGAAUAAUUUAUACAAUUCCUUACAAGAAUUGUUUAUAUCGAAACAUAAUUUAAUGCAACAAAUAAAAUUAUACAUUGGGAAUUUACAAGACUAUAAGAAUAUAAAUAAUAUCAAUGUGGUUUUGAAUAAAUUACAAUUUCAAGUACAUAAACUAAUACAUGAUGUGAAUAGAUUAAAUUCACAAAAUGAACAAUUGAAUAAUAAGAUUUACAAUAUCAAACAGAAAAUUAAUGAUUUACAUAAUAUAAUUGAAACUUUCAAUAUUAAUACCAAAGAAAUUAUAGAAAAUAAAUUAGAAUUAUAUGAAACAGAAAUUCAAAAUAUUCAAGUAUCACAAUUAUCAUUACAACAACAAAAAUUAAAUAAACUUUUGAAAACAAAGAUGAAAUUAAUUGAAGUUGUAUUCCCCAUUGAUAAUAUAGAUUCAACAAAAUUUUCUAUUUUAGGAUUUCAAUUCCCUCAAGAUCAGCAAGAAAUAUUGGCCAUUUGUUAUUACAAUAACCCAUCAAUUGAAUUGAAAAAUCAAUAUUAUCAACCAGAAUUUGAUAAUGAAACCCAAUUACAUAAUUUUAAAAUUCAACAAAUAAAUGCUACAUUAUCAAUUGUUGUUCAAUUGAUGAUAUUAAUUGCCGAUAUCACUAAUACUGAUUAUAAAUAUAAAAUGGUUUUACAUGGAAGUCAAAGUUAUAUUAUUGAUGAAAUAUCUAAAAAUUAUCCAUUACUGAAGAAGACACCAUCACAUAAUAUCAAACCAUUCAAAUUCCCUUUGUAUUAUGAUUCUACCACUAAUGAAAAAGUUAUUGUAUCACUGGGGAAUCAAUCAUCAUUAAUGAUUAUGAAUCAAGAAUUUGAAUAUGGAUUGAAAUUAUUGAAUAAAAAUUUAAUUAUCUUAAUUGAUAAAGUUCAAAAUUUGAUGUUUGGUGAUGGGUCCGGAAAUUAUGACAGUCAUGUUCCUAUAGAAUGUUUAGAUAAUGUUCUCUGGAAUUUAAAAUAUCUAGAGUUAUUUAUGACAGUUUAA